UCAGUGUCGCGUACAUCGGUGAAGUUGUAAAAGGAAAUACAGAAACGAAAUGAAUAAGUGAUAAUAUAUUAAUAAGUUUUAAAUAUAAUUUAAAGUUUAAUUAGAUAGAAGCUAUGGCGGCUGUUGUACCUGUUGAUGAGAAAAGAGUUGACUUAGAUGAUGUUUUGGAUAAAUUCAGCAUUUACAAAAGUUAUCAUCUGAAGAUAGCAGCAUUAAUAUUCCUUGGAUUCGCAACGAAUACUAUGUAUUGUUCUAAUUUCAUAUUUGUUGCAGAAGAAACCGGUUACACAUGUGUUAUAAAUUCCACUGUAAACAACACUACAGAUUGUGUAGAGUGGCUCUAUGACAACCCAAACUCAUUUGUGGCCGAAUUCCAGCUCGCAAAUCAAGAAUGGAAACGAACACUGGUGGGCACAGUUCACAGCUUUGGCUACAUGGUCGGCCUUCUCAUAGUCGGACCUCUUUCCGACAGGUUUGGAAGAAAGAAUGCGUUCAUAAUGACAGGCGUUCUCGGCGGGGUAUUCGGUGUGGCUCGCAGUUUCUCUCAUUCCUACUGGCUGUACAUUGCAUUAGAGUUCCUUGAAGCUUUCAUAGGCGAUUGUUGUUCGCCUGCAUAUAUUUUGAUUACAGAAGUGGUUUCAACAAAGCAGAGGCUAAAAUUUAUAUUAAUGUGUACAAUAGGUUAUACAUUUGGAGGUUUCGCUACAAGCUUAGCAGCAUGGCUAGUACCUUACUGGAGAAAUUUAUUGCAAGUGCUAUAUACACCCGCAUUACUUUUCUUCUUCUACAAAUAUCUUCUAGAUGAAAGUCCGCGCUGGUUACUAAUAAAAGGACACAAAGAGAAAGCCAUAGAAGUACUCGAGAAAGCAGCAAAGAAAAACAAUCAAAAACUUGAUAAACACUUUCUUGACAAGUUAUCGUGUGAAAGUAACGAGAAUUCGAACUUUUUAAAGAUUGUUAAAAGCACUUUUCAAUCGAAAGUAUUAUGUGGAAGGUUUUUUGUUUGUUUAGUGUGGUGGACCACAUCCACUUUUGUUAACUACGGUCUUACCAUCAAUUCUGUAUCUCUGCAAGGAAACAAAUACAUCAACUUUGCCUUGUUGUCUGUCGUAGACUUACCAGGAUUGUUUAUAAUAACAUACAUAUUAACGUACUGCAAACGCAAACUGCCUUUAAUGUGCUGUUUUUUCGCUGCUGCAGUAUUAUGCGUUUCUCAACCAUUUGUACCAUUAGAUUUACCUUGGUUAUCCAUCGUUUUCUUUAUGGCCGGUAAAUUAAUGUCAUCAUUUUACUUCAACAUAACAUAUUUAUACACAUCCGAGUUAUUUCCGACUUAUACUAGAAAUUCAAUGCACGCGCUGUGUUCCUCAUUGGGACGAAUCGGAUCCAUCAUUUCUCCACAGACCCCUUUGUUGAUACAAUACUGGUUCGGUCUACCGUCGCUGAUCUUUGGGUUAGCGUCGCUCUUCGGUGGAUUUGUGACAUUCUUCGUGCCGGACAUCGCAGACGACUCGCUGCCGGACACCAUCAGUCAGGCUGAGGAACUCGGGAAGCCGAAGCCGAAGAAAUCGUUAAGUAUAAACUGCGCGAAUCCUGAUGUUACCAAAUAAUAUACUGUGAUAUUU